GUGGUGUAAGUUAACUGUUAGAUGUCCCCCACUACAAAGAUAACCUUUAUUACCAGUUACAAAAAUAUGUUUUGGUUAAUUAUAGUUUAGUAUUCAAGUUGUUAUGUGCAUCGAAAAUAUUAACAUUGUUGUAUUAUUUUUUGCGAAAGCUAGAGAAAUUACUGGAAAACCAUCCGAUACAUUAACAGUUAGUUCUCCUAUUUCUCAAAAAACUUUGUUAAAAAGUAUUAUAGUUGCUUAUGAAUUGCAAGAUUUAGAAAGCCAGAUAGUUUUAGCAGUUAAUGAACGUUUCUUGCAAUCUGAUGAAAUUAUCUCUUUAAAAGCAGGUGACGAGGUUGCUGUUAUACCACCUCUUAGUGGAGGAUAAAGAAGAUGAAUUAUUUAAAAAUUACUUCCGAAAAAUUAAAUUCAGAUUUAAUAACUAAUCUUGUAAGUUCAAAUUCGUGCGGGGCUAUUUCACUAUUUAUAGGAACAACAAGAGAUAAUUUUGAGGGAAGACCAGUAGAAAAAUUGGAAUAUGAAGCUUAUGAAUCUAUGUGUUUAAAAAAUAUGGAAAAUAUAUGUAAGGAUAUUCGGAACCAAUGGCCAUCAAUUGAAAAUAUUGCUAUUUAUCACAGGUUGGGAUUGGUUCCUAUAAAAGAAGCUAGUAUAAUAAUUGGAACAUCAUCACCUCAUAGAAUUGAUGCAAUCAAAGCUACCGAAUUUUGUAUUAAUAGUGUAAAAGAGAGUGUUCCAAUUUGGAAAAAAGAAUAUUAUAAAGAUGAUGUACCUCAGUGGAAAGAAAAUAAAGAAUAUAAUAACGAUGCUAUUAGAAGAAUAGAAAUUCGACAGAAUGUUGAAGCUCCCGCGGUUCCACAUUUAAGACAAGUGAAAGCAACAAAACCUGAAGUAAGAAAUAGAAUAAACAAAUUUAUCGAAAGAAAAAGAAGUGAUAUUAAUAUUAACAAUGUUCGUGAAUUUUGUCAAAACAAUCAAAAUUUGGAAUUUACUUGUGCCAGGAUAGAUGCAACAGUUCACAAAAGGAAGGAUUCAUCAAGUCACUUACAAGUCAAUAGGGUCAUAAAUUCAUAUGCAUGGAGGGAUCAAACUGAUUCCUCUUAUUUAACUAAACAUAUUCCUUCAAAUGGAAUUGAAGAAAGAUUGGUUAAUGUUGAGAAACAACUGAGUUUGGGCACACCAGUCCCAAAAAAUAUUUACGAUCGCCUUAAAAAUAUAGAAAAUAGGUUGUUGCAGAUGGAAUCUGUGUCUCCAGAAUAUAUACAAUUUUGGGAUAAAGGAAUAUUGCAGAAUGGAAAUCCGACAAAGAAGAAAAUAUUUACUAUAGAAGAAAUAGACAAUUUGAUAAUGGAAACUGAAAGGGAAAUUAAUGUUAAAAUGAAUUACUGAUGUAUUUUAUAAUGAAACCAAGAGCAAAUAUAGAAUCAUCAGUUGUA